AUGGAUUGGAUGUAUGAAAAGUAUCUAAGAUAUAUAGAACUGGAAGAAGUUGAAGCUAUGCAUCGUAAAGAAAGAUCGCGUUGGGCUUGUGGACUAAGAUGUGGGCCACCACAAUAUCCUGUUCGACCAGCAGACAAACAUUACUUUCUACCCAUUGGUGAUUUCAAACAACAUCCAAAUGAAUCCGAAACGAUGUCUAUCGAGUUAUCGGUUGAUGUUGAUAAAACAGCUCGUGAACUCAUAUCAUUAUUGGAGAAAGCAUCUCAAUUUCAAGCUGAAUGGCGUCAAUCAUCAAUCAUCAAACAAAUGAUAACAAGAUAUUAUCGUUUUAUGCAACUAAAAGCUUCUUGCCCUAAUAAUACUCUACUUAUUCCAACAUUGGAUAUUGAAAUUAUUUGGCAAACACAUCUGCUACGACCAGAAAUGUAUCGAGAAGAUUGUUUGAGAUUAUUUCAUCGCAUUAUUGAUCAUUCUUUAUUGGCGAACGAAAUGGAACAAUUUCUAAAAAAACAAGCAUUUAUUGAUACUUGUAAAUUAUAUGAAGAACGAUUUGGAGAAAAAUAUUGUCCACAACCAAAAUCUGAAGAUAAUAUGAAAGUCGUUCCUAAAUAUAUUCAUCCAGUCUUUGGUUCAUUAAAAUGUAUUAUUCCAAUUUACUUAUAUUGGGAUGAAACAAAUUUCACAUUUGAAUCAAAACCAUCGGCUAAUACUCACGAAAAUCCAUUUUCAUUUACUGAAGCUGAUAUUAUUCUUGAUGGAAAUUGGCUUGAUUUAUGUAAAAAAUUUAUGCAAGAAAUGUUAUCCAAAGUUCCUAUCAGAGAUUAUUAUAGAGAAUUUAACAAAAUCGAUCUCAGUACAUCAGCCAUAAAACGAUUAAAAAAAUCUUAUGAAAGAUUUUUAUACAUGGCAACUAAAUAUCCACCAUCAAAUGGAUAUGCUUUUGUACAUCCAACAUAUGCAAUUGAUAUUAUUUGGCAUUCACAUAUGCAAGAACCAUUGAAAUAUGCAUCGGAUUGUAUCCGUCUGGUUGGUUAUGUUAUUGAUCAUGCACCAUGGCCAUCAGUUGAUGAAAGUAAAAUGAACAAUUCUUGCCAAAAUACAAUAGAUGCUUGGAAAAAAGAAUUUGAAAGCGAUAUGAUGACAGAUCAUUUAUAUAAUACUAAUAAAGCUAGUUAUGAUGAUUGGAGUGAUUGA